CAAUAAUUCCUGUAUUAAGAAUUAAGUCUUUUCAUUCCGUCAUACUCGUAUUUAUGCGGGAUAACUUGCGUUUGUCUUGAUCGUGUCACGGGGCUUUAUGCGCUUUCCGAACUAAAGGUGAACAACGUCUCCGUACUCUCCGUCCGCGAUGUACAGAAACAUUUGUCGGCGUACGCGCGUGGAUGUUUUGGGCGACGAUGAUGUGUUUCGUACUGGACGCGUUGUGGACGUGACGAAAGAUGGGCUCGUCAUCGAUUUCUUUUGUCCCGACCAACGACGCCGGUAUAUCCCUUUCGACCGGAUUUUCCUAAAUAUCAAACCAUUGAAGGAAAAGGACCUGGCUGAUGCGUACGCUUCCAUCAAACCCGGCACGACCAUUCCCGUGGAGGUGCUGAUGCCCGAAACACCCGCCGGUCCCUGGGUUUGGUUUCGAGCUGAAAUCGUCAAUGUGGCGCGCCUUAUUCAUCACAACGCAUACAGAGUAGCAGUUGUGCAAUGGGUGCAGGACGGGACGCAUACGGACGUGGUACCGCUGGAGCGACUGCGUUGGAGAGUGCCAAACGAUUGGAGGGUCUCUUUUGGCCAAAGAGCUCCAGUCCAGCCUUCGGGUUCAAACAAGCGGCACAACGGUAACUCCAGAUUUUUGAGCAGACUGGCCACUCAGUUUGAGCCAGUCGAACCAGGAACAUUCGAGAAGCUCAAACUGCCGUUUCCGGAAGACUGCCGCGAUGUAGAUAUCGACAAAGUGCUCCGGUACUUUAACGGCAAAGGGUUUCGCAUUAAAUUGCUGGAUUACGGUUUAGUUUCGUUCGUGGGUGCAGUGAGACAACACGCUUUGUACAUUUGGCCACGUCUGCCUGAGCCUCUGAAACCAGAUGUCCAUGCCCACUUUGAGUACGAACUCACUGCAUGCCAUGAAGCGUUAGUCUCACGUGUACGAGAGAUCCGUGGGCUGAUGACCGAAGAACGUGAUUUCUCUGUGGAACGUAAGGAAUUCGAUGAUAUCCGCUGGCUUACGCCCUCUGUGUUGCUGGAAGUGCUUUCCCAUUUGGAUAUUAGGACGCAAACUGGAUUACGUAGAGUGUGUCCUGGAUGGACCAACAUCUUGGAAUCACUUGAGUUGACGGCCUCUAUCGUUAUCACAAAUCCUUACAGUAACUGUCAGACAGAUGAUGCCGCUAAUCGCACGCAGCUGCAUUACUUUCUGGCUUUACUUAUUUUCAAAUGCCUUCGCCAAUCCACACAGUACAUUGUUGUGGAUGGUCGCAAAGGGUGGAUGAAUACCGGCGAUUUUCUGAAGCUGACUGAGAUGAUACACUACAUUGGCAGGAAAACUGGAAGUCGACUGCGAACCAUGUAUUUAGUUGGGCUCCGCUUAGAACUGCAGUUCGGCAACACGCUGGACGCGGAGUAUUAUGAGUUUUCCUAUGAUAAGUGUCCGCUGCAUCGACUCAGUGAUAACGCGGAAAAAAGUACAUCUGCUCCUUCGCCUAACUAUCGCCUUGUCGAUUUCAUCGCAGGCUGUGGCGAUUUGCCCUGCGAUGCCAUUCAGCUAGUUAACUGUACCGUGGAACUGAUUUAUGCGAAGAUACACGGGUGGUUAAAAAUCCAGAUGUGGCUUGAGAUGCCAGCGGUUCGGCUGCCGUUGAUUGGCGAUGUGGGCAGCGUGACAUGGGAAGCACUGGAGAAAUCCACGCCGAAGCGUUGUGAGGAAACGCACCGUAUGCUAAGAGAGUGGUUGGCGUGCGUCACUGCUAAGGAGAACCUGGAUGCGGAGCGGGGACUGGUUUGCAGGGCGUUGUGCGCGACACAGUCAGCCGACCCGCGUCCAUCCUCGCAUUACCGCGGCAAAGAGUGGUGCGUUGACGGUCUGAAAGAUCUCCAGCUGAGUGAACUGUCUGCGAUUGCGCUGGACAUCCUGAUCGAUCUGGCGGAUUAUUUUCAUCAAUUUUUGAAGAGCGAUGAUGAUUGAUGACUAGAAAGAUGGUUACGGUUCGCGUAAUACACACGAAAGCCUAUUGGACAGAUAACGCGUCCGCAAUCGGCAUGGGAAGAUUGUUGAAUAUUGCGACGAGCAAUCUCUCUGCUAUAGAUUGGCUUUGUCCUUUUUUCGGAAGUUAUUGUGUUUUGUUUUAUGAUGUUGUUCUUUGCUUUUGUUUAUUUUUGAAGUUGUUUCAACCCGGCACACUUCCUGUACCUGUA